UUGUGACGCCGUUAGAGGAACCCUAGCAAGAACCGGUGGAGCUUUGUAAUGGCAGAGUUUCAAAUAUUACCAGAAGCGUGCAUUGCCUCCAUAAUCUCUCAUACUACACCAAUCGACGCGUGCCGACUCUCCCUCGUUUCGAAAACUUUCCGUUCUGCAGCCGACUCCGACACGGUCUGGAAUAAAUUUCUCCAGUCUGAUACAGGAUUUAUGGACCAUGUCAUCAAACAUGCUCUUACCCCCGCCAACAUCCGUACAAAAAAGGCUCUCUAUAUGUUUCUAUGUGAUGGCCCUACUAUCAUUCAUCAUCGCCUAAAGGUAUUUCUAUUAUUCACUAUUUAUUUUUAUGCAAAUUAUUAUUUUUUAAAGAUGGAAUCCUUUGAAAUUCAGAGCUUUCAAUUGGUGAGAAAGAAUGCCAAAAGGAUUUUCAUGCUUUCGGCCGCAUAUCUCAACAGUUUUUGGUCUUUUCCUCAAGAAUACGUUGAAUGGACAUAUACCCUACCUGGUUCUAGGUUCCUAGAAGUAGCUAAGCUUAAUGUGUGUAAGCUUCAAAUUCAUGGUGAGAUUAACAUGUAUUCUUUGUCCCCAAAUACUUGGUAUGAGGUUUACGUUGUGUUCAAGAAGUGUGGUGUUUGGGUAGUUGAGCAAUCACGUGUGUCGUUUUUAGUUAGUGUUCAAGUUGGCUAUAAUGUGUCGGGGGAUAAAAAUAUGGAAUGGCAACGUCCUAGUGUGAGAAGCGAUGGGUGGCUUGAAACAAAGAUGGGGAAGUUCUUCAAUUUAAGCAAAACAUAUGACAAUGUAUAUCUGCAUGUUUUGAGGAUUAUAGGUCUUAAUUUCUCUAGGCGUCUCUAUCUCGAAGGAAUAGAAGUUAGGCCCAUGAAUUAA